AUGUACAGCAGCCAUAGUGAGCGGAAUGGAGAGGGAUGGGCAGGUAGUAUGGGACCAUGUACAGCAGCCAUAGUGAGCAGAACGGGCUGGAGGGAUGAAGACAAAGCUGAAACGAUGCGAGUGGGGGAUGAAGAUGAAGCUGAAACGAUGCGAGUGGGGGAUGAAGACAAAGCUGAAACGAUGCGAGUGGGGGAUGAAGACAAAGCUGAAACGAUGCGAGUGGAGGAUGAAGACAAAGCUGAAACGAUGCGAAGACUGCCGUAUCAAUCGCAGAGUUCCAUUCAACAUCUGGGUGAACAUUGA